CGCCAGUCUCGUUCGAGCGCUCGGCGCAUAAACACGCGAGCUGUGCUCCGUUGAAUUAAUCAUUUCAAAAUAUUUGUUCACGUGUAUAUCGAUUUCUACGCAGUUAAAGACAAAAGUGAUAUAUUUAUAUAAAGUCCUGUGUGCAUUGUUGUGUUUUUAUAUUUGGUAAAGAGUGAGCAGUGCCAAAGAGACAGUGAAUAUGAUCGAGCCGAUGAAUGCCUCGUCGGUGGAUGAACUCGAGUCCUGGGUGGAGUUGAAUUCUGGCGGCGUCCUCAGCGGCGCUGAGAAUGAAUACAUCCGGCUGCUGAGAGAGGCUCAGCGCGAGAGCCGCGACUCCUCCGUCAGACAUUCCAGGGCUUCCAGCAUCAAGGGCAGCCCGAAAUCACCUCCAAAUAGUCCAAAUCUGGAACCAUCCACGGAAGAUGAGCUGAAAGGAGUCUACAUUAAUUGCUGGAGGGAUGACUCCAACGACUGGGUGUGGGAAUGGAGCAGUCGACCUGACCAACUACCACCCAAGGACUGGCGUUUCAAGCACCCACAAAGCGCUCGAGGUCCACCUUCAGCCACCUCCUCCAUUGAAGUGCUGGAACAGCUAGCGCCUGCAAUGCAGCAGAGCCACUGUCUGUCUGUGCGGCGCAGCUGUCUGUUUAGCCGCGGCGCCAUUGCCGCCGUGCUGGUCACCAACAUCGUGUCCCUGCUGCUGGGCGCUGGCAUCGGUGUGUGGCUCAGUAAGAAAGGCAUGCUGCCCCCCAGACUCAUCAUCCUCAACUAGAGUUAAGACUGAGAUGGACUUAGGAUAGUGGGCGCUCACCUUUAUAAUGCCAUAGAGUUAGAUAUUAUUGCCAUAAAAAUGAGUGGCGUGCAAAGAAUAUUGAUUAGCCCACCGACCCGCAUUGGAGCAGCGUGGUGGGUCUAUGCUAUGAAACCAUCUUUCCUAUGAGAUGAGGGCUGCGCACAGCACUCGGAUGUCAAUAGGCUGCGGAUAGUGUUAUUGUCUGGUGGGAGGCUUCGGCCGCGGCUAGUUACCAACCUACCGACAAAGACGUGCCGCUAUG